AUCAAUGAAGUGCGAAAACCUGUCGGUCUUUCCCCCAUCUCAAUACGUAUAAUUAAAUUCCACAUAUUUUAUGAGAAAUCUGAACCGAUCUCAUGUAUAUACGUGCGUGCGUUCAAAAUCGAAACACACGUAUGUGUGUUACAGUCGUGCAGAUAGUAAGAAAAGAAGCAGUUCGCAAUUGUUUUUGAUGCGAAGAAACUAACGUGAUGUGCAUAAUAAUAAAUAUAACAUUAUACUGUUUAAACUGCUUGCAAUUAUCCAAUUAAUUACAUUAUAGAUAACAUCGUGUACGUAUAUCAUAAUAAUUGAUAAAUGAGAUCGGACUGAUAUAUCAUCAUUGAAAGAUGCCUGAAUUACCACGGAUCACGAGAUCCUUGCGGUGGUCCACAGAUCUCGGACGUAUUAAAAGUACGUCAUUUCUGGAACCAAAUGAUCUCCUCAGAAGACAAGAGAAGGAACAUGUUAACAUAAGAAGUGAGUUUACCUGGCAAGAUUUGACCAAAGAAACACCUACUGAUGCUUCGUUUCAUCUUAAGAACCUGUGGAAAAUUGCUGAAAGAGUACUGGGAGAGUGCCCUUCCCCGGUCAUAGAUGAAUUCUUAAUGUUCACUAUACAACUGUUGAUCGAUGAAAAGUUGGUAUUGAGAAGGCACUAUGCAAUUCUAAAGCAAAAAGCAGUAAACUUAACAUUUGAAGAUACAAAAGAUAUGUUAAAAGUGAUCACAGCAAUAAAAGAAAAGUUGGAUGAAAAUGUUUUAAGACUCAUAAGAAAUGGAAAAGAAAAUGUUAGUAAUGGUGAAAUGAAAAUGUUGUUUCAUCCUAAAUUUGAAUACAAACGUGCGAGAGUAUUGUGGCCGGAAACUGAUAAGCUUCGUAGUAUGACUGUAGAAACUACGCUUCAAAGCGCAGACAAUUUUUCCAUGAAAUAUAAAAAUGAAAUAGCAAAAUCAUCCAAGUCCGGAUUUGACAAAGCGAGGUAUAAUGAAUUUUUGAAGAAUAAACAUGGACAAUUGGAAUUGUCUCUAGCAAAAUUAGAAGAGAUCAUAGUCGACAAACUGGCACAUUCUGAAAAUGUAGAAGACGAGUUGCUCAGUCUCUUGGGUUUCGAAUCCAUGGAGUUUAUGGAAUACCUUAUCCAACAUAAAGGUAGUAUUAUAGCCUCGGUCCCAAAGAACAAUAUACAGAAACAAGUUAAUUGCAACGCUGAUAGACCCGUCAUCAGUGGUCAAGUAACUAUACAAUCUGAGAAGGAAAAAGAAUUGUUUAAACAAGUGCGAAAGGAGGAGAAGAAGAUGAAUAAACGUGAUGGAAAGGUAGACUACGAAGAUAAUUUCGCGCUUAGCAUAAAAAGGCAUGAAGCACUUACGGAAAUGCGUGCGCCUAUAUUUAGAGAGAGUCCUGUCGCGGGAAGAGUGAAGUAUCCGUUUGUGUUUGAUUCGAUUUCGGGCGGUAGAGGUACAAGCGGUUUUGUAUCGCAACAGAAGAUGAUGCUACCGGAGAACGCUAAGAGGGAGAACACGCAAAUGUAUGAGAAGGUUCACAUACCGGCCCCGGAGGUCCAGCCAGUGAGCGUAAAUUACACACCUGUCAAAGUGUCUUCGUUAGACGACAUCGGGCGGCAGGCUUUCUCCGGUGUCGAGUCGCUGAAUCGCAUACAAAGUAUAGUGUUCAACGCGGCAUACAAUACCAACGAGAACUUGCUGAUCUGCGCCCCAACAGGCGCCGGGAAGACUAACAUCGCGAUGUUGACCGUGAUUCAUCAAUUGAAACAGCACAUGGAGCAUGGAGAGUUAAUGAAAAAUCAAUUUAAAAUAAUUUACGUAGCGCCGAUGAAGGCUCUGGCAGCCGAAAUGACUGCGAAUUUUGGCAAGAGACUUCAAUGCCUCGGUAUAUGCGUCCGCGAACUCACCGGAGACAUGCAGUUGACUAAAUCUGAGAUUCAGCAAACGCAGAUGAUAGUCACUACUCCAGAAAAGUGGGACGUCGUCACCAGGAAAGGGACAGGGGACAUCUCCCUUACCAGUAUCGUGAAACUAUUAAUAAUCGACGAGGUACACCUUCUGCACGGCGACAGAGGACCCGUGGUCGAGGCACUGGUCGCCCGAACCCUGAGACAAGUGGAAUCGUCGCAAAGUAUGAUCAGAAUCGUUGGACUCUCCGCGACUCUGCCUAAUUACGUGGACGUCGCAACUUUCCUAAGAGUAAAUCCUGAGAAAGGACUCUUCUAUUUCGAUCACCAAUUUCGACCGGUGCCUCUCAGCCAAACGUUCAUCGGCGUCAAAGCUUCGUCGCCUAUGCAAGAGAUAAGCUACAUGGACCAGGUGUGUUACGAUAACGUUAUAGAGAAUUUGCGCCAGGGACAUCAAGUGAUGGUGUUCGUGCACGCGCGGAACGCGACUGUCAGGGUAGCAAAGGUAUUGAGAGAUAUGGCGAGCAAGCAGGGCACGAUCAAGUCAUUUAUACCUACCCUGAAAUGCACACACAAGCCGUUCGCUAAAUCGCGUAAUAGAGAUCUGAUGGAAUUGUUCAACAGCGGAUUGUCCGUGCAUCAUGCUGGCCUGUUACGUUCAGAAAGGAACAUGGUAGAGAAAUACUUCGCCGAUGGUUUGAUCAAAGUACUGGUCUGCACGUCGACGCUGGCUUGGGGUGUAAAUUUGCCGGCGCAUGCUGUUAUUAUCAGAGGAACGGAGAUAUACGAUUCGAAGCAUGGCUCGUUCAUCGACUUGGGUAUAUUGGAUGUCCUGCAGAUCUUUGGCCGAGCCGGUAGACCACAAUUCGACUCGUCCGGUUACGCUGUCAUUAUUACUGCUUAUGACAAACUGUCUCAUUACCUGAGAUUGUUAACGAAUCAAAUACCCAUCGAAAGUAGCUUCAUUAAAUGCUUGGCUGACAAUCUGAACGCCGAGAUCGCGUUGGGCACGAUAUCGAACGUGGAGGAAGCUGUCAAGUGGCUAAGUUACACCUAUUUGUUCGUACGAAUGAAACUGAACCACGAUGUCUAUGGAAUUCCCUAUAAAGUCAUUAUGGACGAUCCGAACCUGGAGCAAAAGAGGAGGGAACUCAUCGAUGGGGCAGCUAUGGCGUUGGACGAAGCCAAAAUGAUUCGUUACUCGAAAGCUACUGGAGAUCUGAGUGCAACGAAUUUAGGACGUAUCGCGAGCCACUUUUAUCUUAAGUACGAUACUAUUAAAUUGUUCAAUGAACUUAGGAAGCCUAUAAUGAUGGAGAGCGAGAUAUUCGCGAUGAUAUCUCAGUCCCAGGAGUUUGAACAGCUGAAAGUAAGAGAAGAUGAGAUGAACGAGCUGGAUGAUCUAUGUUCGAAUUGCGAGCUCACGGUCAAAGGCGGUAAAGAGAACAUACACGGCAAAGUGAACAUUCUGCUGCAGACUUACUUGUCACAUGGCCAUGUGAACAGCUUCUCCUUGAUGUCGGAUCAAACGUACAUCGUACAAAACGCAGUACGCAUAUCUCGGGCGCUGUUCCAAAUCAUGUUAGGUCUGAACAACGCGUUAAUGACUGGCCGUUUAUUAGAAAUAGCGAAGAUGAUCGAGCUGCAGCAAUGGAACUGGAACAGUCCUCUCCGCCAGUUCACAUGUCUACCUCAAGAAGUCGUGGAUAAGAUCGAUGAUCACGACCUGACCAUUGACAGAUUGAACGACAUGACUGCCAAAGAACUUGCAGACGUUUUACGGGUCAGUCUGAAAACGGCGUUGCUGGUGCAGAAAUGUUGCGACGAGCUACCGGCGUUAGAGAUGGACUCCACUCUGCAGCCUAUCACUCGGACAGUUUUAAGAAUACGUUUGAAGAUAUACCCUCAGUUUCAAUGGAACGACAAAGUCCACGGUAAAACCUCGGAACCGUUUUGGAUAUGGAUAGAAGAUCCAGAAAGUAAUAUGAUAUACCAUCACGAAUACUUUAUGAUGACGAGGAAGAUGGUGUAUGGUAAUUUUGAAGAGGAACUGGUGAUGACUAUUCCGCUCCAGGAACCUUUGCCCUCUCAGUACAUAGUCAGAGCAGUGAGCGACCGCUGGCUAGGCUGCGAAUACACGCUACCUUUAACUUUUCACGAUCUGAUCCUGCCCGAGAUGUACCCACCGCAUACCGACUUGUUAAAGUUGCAACCUUUACCAGUGAAAGCAUUGAAGGAACCAGCAUUCGAACGCCUAUACCGAUUCACUCAUUUCAAUCCAAUACAAACGCAGAUAUUUCACUGUCUGUACCACACGGACAAUAACGUACUUCUAGGAGCUCCGACUGGAUCAGGGAAGACGAUUGCCGCUGAGAUCGCUAUGUUUAGAGUAUUCAAGCAAUACCCGACGCAGAAGAUUGUAUACAUCGCGCCAUUGAAAGCUCUAGUCCGAGAACGGAUAAAGGACUGGAAAGUUAGGCUCGAGGAGAGAUUGGGAAAGAAAGUGGUCGAAUUAACUGGCGACGUGUCGCCUGAUAUCAAAGUUAUAGCAAGCGCCAGCGUGAUCGUGACUACUCCUGAAAAAUGGGACGGUAUCAGUAGGAGUUGGCAAACGAGGAAUUACGUGAAAAACGUUUCACUCAUCAUCAUAGAUGAGAUUCAUUUGUUAGGGGAGGAUCGCGGUCCAGUGUUAGAAGUCAUCAUCUCGCGAACUAAUUUUAUUUCCUCUCAUACGACGAGGAAAAUAAGAAUCGUAGGUCUUUCCACGGCGCUGGCAAACGCUGUGGAUCUGGCUCACUGGCUCGGCAUCGGGGAAAUGGGCAUGUAUAAUUUCCGUCCGUCUGUACGACCUGUACCGCUGGAAAUUCACAUAGACGGGUUCCCAGGGAAGAAUUAUUGCCCCCGUAUGGCCACGAUGAACAGGCCGACUUUCCAGGCUAUUAGACAACACGCGCCAGACAGCCCGUCUCUAGUAUUCGUUUCUUCGCGAAGACAAACCCGUUUAACGGCGCUGGACUUGAUCGCAUAUCUCGCGGCUGAAGAUAAUCCUAAACAGUGGCUGAACAUGCCUGACGAUGAGAUGUGCAGCAUCCUAGAUCAUAUAAAAGAUACGAAUUUGAAGCUAACAUUGGCCUUUGGAAUUGGUCUUCAUCACGCCGGUCUUCAAGAGAGAGAUAGGCGAACUGUUGAAGAACUAUUCGUUAAUAAUAAAAUACAGGUGUUGAUCACGACUGCUACUUUGGCCUGGGGCGUGAACUUCCCUGCCCACUUGGUCGUCAUAAAAGGCACAGAGUAUUUCGAUGGGAAACAACAUCGUUACGUAGACAUGCCGAUCACAGACGUGCUUCAAAUGAUGGGUCGUGCCGGCAGGCCUCAGUUCGAUACUUCCGGGGUGGCGGUGAUCUUGGUACACGAUCUGAAGAAAGAGUUUUAUAAGAAAUUCCUACACGAACCGUUCCCGGUGGAAUCGAGUUUGCUAGAAGUCUUGCCUGACCACAUAAAUGCCGAGGUUGUGUCCGGCACGAUUAAGAACAAGCAAGAGCUGUUGGAUUAUUUAACGUGGACUUACUUCUUUAGAAGGCUGUUGAAAAAUCCGGGAUACUAUAAUCUAAGUGCCUUGGAACCUCACACGGUUAAUCAAUAUUUGUCAUAUCUGGUGGACGGGACGUUGAAGGUCUUAAUAGACUCGCAUUGCGUCGAUUACGUGGAGGAAGACCAAAUUUUGUACCCACUUCCAAUGGGUCAGAUAGCGUCGUUCUAUUAUCUGUCGUAUCGCACUAUGUCCAUCUUCGAGCAAUCGAUGAAUGAGUCUCUCACGCUGGAGCAAUGCUUACGUAUCUUGUGUAAUUCUCACGAGUACGAUGAAUUACCAGUGAGACACGACGAAGAGUUUUUGAACGAGGAACUGAGCAAGAUGUGUCUGUACAAGGUAGAAGAUUAUUCCUACAGUUCUCCGCACACCAAAACGUUCUUAUUACUGCAGGCACAUUUUUCAAGGCUUCCCAUGCCGUGCGUGGAUUAUUUAACUGAUUUAAAAUCGGUCCUCGACCAGGCGAUCAGAAUUAUUCAAGCAAUGAUAGACAUAGUCGCGGAACACGGAUGGUUGGCGAGCACGUUAAUGAUUAUAAAUUUACUUCAGAUGAUCAUCCAAGCUCGAUGGAUUCACGAGUCUCCGCUUAUUACGUUGCCGCACGUCAAUUCGGAACAUUUACCAUUGUUCGAAAGCUUGUCGCUAUAUCUACCAAAAUUAUGCUCUAUUAUUCCAAACAAAUAUAAUAUGUUUACAAAAAUAUUAGGUAAAGAAUUCCGAGAAGAAGAAAUACAUCAGAUGCAUAUGGUAUUAAAAGAAAUGCCAGUCCUCUGCCUCGAGUUACACGUUGAAAGCUACGAUGAGGAACAGGCAAAACAAUUUGUGUCGUUGAGUCCCAAGUGUACCGACGUUGUGAAUGUCCAUAAAGAUCAAGAUUACAUACUGAACGUCGGAAUGAGAAGAAAGAACAGAUCUAACUGCGGUUUGAAAGCGCACUGUCCUAUGUUUCAAAAAGGAAAGGACGAGGGUUGGUUCUUAGUUUUGGGCAAUUCAACCGAAUUGUUGGCUAUGAAACGAGCAGCUGGUGUUCACGAUCAUUACAAAUCGCAUCCAUUGCAAUUCACGGCUCCGUCGACGCUAGGAUCGGCCAAUCUGACGUUUCGUUUGAUGUCCGAUUGUUACAUGGGACUGGAUCAGCAAUACAACAUAAAAUUAAAUGUGAUACCUUAAGUAAGUUCGGUUGUUACGUUGUUCUCUAAACGACAAGUAAAUGUAAAGAGUAUUUUAAUAAAAUUUAAUAUUAUUUUAUUACCAUAUAUA